AUGACAUCCAAAAUCUCUCCUGGCGAGGGAAUCCCCGGUUUUUUACAUUUAGGAAUUCUGCUUUAUGAUACAGUGGCCAAGCUCAGAUCGUCAGACUACAAAAUGCAAAUUGCAUACUCGUCUCAGAAGUACCUUGAGUCACCGAUUCUAGUGACCCUUCCGUCCUUGGGACUUAGACUCACCUUCCUGAACCUGCUGAGCCAGGAGCUCCAGCUUAUAGAGGUUUUGAAUUUUGAUAUGCUAAAAUUCUCGUACAACAGCCAGCCAUUGAACGAGAUCCAGUUCUUUGAGGCUCCGGAAGAGGAGGAAGUGCUAGAGAGACCACAAUUGCAGAAGCAGGUCAGUCCUCCGUGUUUGAAGGUUAUUUAUAAUAAGAUUUUUGGUCCCACGUAUCCCGGAAAGCUAGACUUGACAAAGCAGACAUAUGUGUUGAACUACCCGGGUAUCAGCUUUAAGUUUGAGAUUCGGCUGAAGGAGCUACUUGCAAAACUAGCAUCGAUAACAGACGAGAGCCAGGUGCUUUCAAAGCUUGUCAAUUGGGACGUGGCGCCUGACAUUCCGUGUGUCUCCUUGGCGAUCUUCAGGGGUAAGGAUAUCACGAGCUUUUUGGCCAGCUUUCGAGAAACCGUAGCACUUCGAAAGACAAGCGGACUUGCCAGUGCUCCCUCCGUGGAGAAAAUCAAGGUUGAGCUCGAGUUGGGCGAGAUACUGGUUAUCUACUCUCAAGACGAAGGUAUGAAGUAUAUGGAAAGCCUCAAACUAGGAGUGAGCACGCAGCAAGACGUGGUGAGAGUUUUGGGACCUCCAGAUGCCUACUUCAACAAGUUUGACUCGCGUCUUUUGAUUCACAAGCACCUCAAAACGGCCACAGCCCCAAGUGAGCGAGCUGGCUCGGUUUAUAAGUUCCACAACUACUUACGUUUGGGGAUUGACUUGCUCUACAAUUUGAAUCACAACGACAAAGUUGGUGGCGUGCUUGAAAAGAUCGUUCUUCACAAUGGUGGCAUAGCCGAGUCGUUAGACUUCAUGCAGUGGAACAGAUGUAACUGGGAAAUCUGCUGGAACUCCAGCAGCAAGACCAAGGUUGACUCAUCAAUGUACUUCCAUGAGUUCGGGAGUGAAUUCCUAAAGGAGAUAAGCACUGUGAAGACCGACCCCGUCAUGCUCAACCGGAAUGAAUCGGAGAUCACUCGGGACGAAGACUUGGAAAUUUUGCAUGUCGCUGAGAAUGGCAAGCUGGACUCCAAUCAGUCACUGUCAACCACUUCCAUCAGCUCUAAACCUUCCAAUGAGUUCAAGACUUGGGGGCAGUCCAAAUUGUAUGGCUAUGACAGGUGCAUCUGGGAAGUCAUUGAAAGCAACAAUUGCGUUUCCAACGUCACCAUCUAUUGA